ACACAUUUGGUACUUCCGAAAUCCGAAUGUCUGCUUGCCUCUUCCCCAAGCUUCCCGAAACCCCCAAAUGUUGCCACGAAGAUUUUCGAAACGGCCGAAACGGAAGCAUAGAAAACAGAAAGCAAAAAGAAAGCAGAAGCAAACCGCUAUCAACCAGACGAAACGUAGCUUGUCACCUGCUGUUCUCCCAUGGCGACUCGACGAACUUCCAGGCUCGCCAGGCCGGUUCUCGCCGCCGUUAGAGCAUCCGAAAUCUCCUCUUCCGCUGCCCUUCGUCGCGCUCGGCCCGUCCCCUCGCGUGCCGGUGAGCUGUCGGGCACAAGCGGCUUCGCCUCGCGGCCGUGCGUUGUUGAUGGGGCUGCGGAGAGUGUUAGUGUUGCCAAGUGCUUAAACGGCGUCGUUGGGAACAGUUUCAGUCGCAAGUUUCACUCCUCAGCUCCUUCUUAUUCUUCUCAUGCGGAUUCUUCCCAGAUAUCUCAGUCAGAGUUUACUGAGAUGGCAUGGGAGGGAGUAGUUGGUGCAGUUGAUGCAGCACGGAACAGUAGACAGCAAGUUGUUGAGUCUGAGCAUUUAAUGAAAGCUCUUUUGGAGCAAAAAGAUGGCUUGGCUCGUAGAAUAUUCACUAAGGCAGCGCUUGACAACACAUCGGUUUUGCAGGCAACAGAUGACUUUAUAUCCCAGCAACCCAAGGUGACUGGUGAUACUGGCGGACCUAUAUUGGGUGUACAUCUCAAGAUCACUUUAGACAAUGCCAGAAAGCAUAAGAAAGAUAUGCAGGAUGAUUUUUUGUCUGUUGAGCAUCUAGUAUUGGCAUUACAUUCUGAUACGAGGUUUGGGAAGCAGUUGUUCAGGAACCUUCAGCUCAGCGAGAAGGAUUUGAAGGAUGCCAUUCGAGCUGUUCGUGGAAGUCAGAGAGUUACUGAUCAAAAUCCUGAAGGAAAAUAUGAGGCACUUGACAAAUAUGGUAGUGACUUAACUGAACUUGCCAGGCGUGGUAAACUUGAUCCUGUUAUAGGUCGGGAUGAUGAAAUUCGGCGUUGUAUUCAGAUCUUAUGCCGGAGAACAAAAAAUAAUCCUGUUAUCAUUGGCGAGCCUGGUGUGGGAAAAACUGCGAUUGCCGAAGGAUUAGCUCAAAGAAUUGUGCGUGGGGAUGUUCCUGAACCGCUUCUGAAUCGAAAGUUGAUCUCCCUGGACAUGGGUUCAUUGGUUGCUGGUGCUAAGUUCCGUGGAGAUUUUGAGGAAAGACUAAAAGCUGUGCUGAAGGAAGUCACCUCUUCAAAUGGGCAGAUUAUCUUGUUCAUUGAUGAGAUCCAUACUGUUGUUGGUGCAGGGGCUACAACUGGUGCUAUGGAUGCUGGAAACUUGUUGAAACCAAUGCUUGGUCGAGGUGAGCUCCGAUGCAUAGGAGCCACCACAUUGAAUGAGUAUAGGAAAUACAUUGAAAAGGAUCCUGCUCUUGAGCGUAGAUUUCAACAAGUGUUUUGCGGUCAGCCAUCUGUCGAAGACACAGUUUCCAUUCUGCGUGGAUUGCGUGAGCGUUAUGAGCUGCAUCAUGGUGUCAAAAUAUCAGACAGCGCCCUUGUUUCAGCAGCAGUUCUUUCAGAUCAAUAUAUUACUGAUCGUUUUUUGCCUGAUAAAGCCAUUGAUCUUGUUGAUGAAGCUGCUGCAAAGCUGAAGAUGGAAAUCACUUCUAAGCCUACUGAGUUGGAUGAAAUAGAUAGAGCUGUGCUAAAAUUGGAGAUGGAAAAACUAUCCUUGAAAAAUGAUACUGAUAAAGCAUCCAAAGAGAGAUUAAGCAAGCUGGAAAAUGAUCUAGCUUCACUCAAACAGAAACAAAAAGAAUUAAAUGAACAAUGGGAGCAGGAGAAGGUUCUGAUGACUCGAAUACGAUCACUUAAAGAGGAGAUUGAUAGAGUCAACCUGGAGAUGGAAGCUGCUGAGCGCGAGUACGACUUAAAUCGUGCUGCUGAGCUCAAAUAUGGAACACUGAUUUCUCUUCAGCGUCAGCUGGAAGAGGCUGAGCAGAACCUUGCUGAUUUCCGGAAGUCUGGAAAAUCUUUGCUUCGUGAAGAGGUCACUGAUCUUGAUAUUGCUGAAGUUGUUAGUAAAUGGACAGGCAUACCAUUACAAAACCUUCAACAGUCUGAAAGGGACAAGCUGAUCAUGCUAGAAGAGGUUUUACACAGGAGAGUUGUUGGUCAGGAUAUGGCUGUCAAAUCAGUAGCUGAUGCAAUUCGGCGUUCAAGAGCAGGAUUGUCCGACCCAAACCGGCCAAUAGCAAGUUUCAUGUUCUUGGGCCCCACUGGUGUUGGUAAGACAGAGCUUGCAAAGACUCUAGCUGGUUUCCUCUUUAACACAGAAAAUGCUCUUGUAAGAAUCGACAUGAGUGAGUAUAUGGAAAAGCAUGCAGUAUCACGCUUAGUUGGUGCACCACCAGGUUAUGUUGGUUAUGAAGAAGGUGGACAGCUCACUGAAGUUGUUCGUAGGAGACCAUACUCUGUUGUACUCUUUGAUGAAAUUGAAAAGGCACAUCACGAUGUAUUUAACAUUCUAUUGCAACUACUGGAUGAUGGAAGAAUAACUGAUUCUCAAGGGAGGACGGUCAGCUUUACAAACUGUGUUGUGAUAAUGACAUCAAAUAUUGGGUCCCAGGUUAUUCUUGAAACUCUUCAAAAUACGGAGGAUAGCAAGGACGCAGUUUAUGAUUUGAUGAAAAGGCAGGUUGUUGAGUUGGCAAGGCAAACUUUCCGCCCGGAAUUCAUGAACCGAAUUGAUGAGUAUAUUGUUUUCAAGCCUUUGGACUCGAAAGAGAUACGCAGAAUCGUAGAGAUACAGAUGAUUCGUGUGAAAGACAGACUCAAACAAAAGAAAAUUGAUCUCCAUUACACAAAAGCAGCUGUUGAUCUUCUGGGAAAAUUGGGCUUUGACCCAAAUUUUGGAGCCAGGCCAGUGAAGAGAGUUAUACAGCAAAUGGUUGAGAAUGAAAUUGCCAUGGGAGUGUUAAGAGGAGAGUUCAAAGAAGACGACUCUGUCAUUGUUGAUGCAGAUGUGUCUCCCCCUGCCAAGGGCCUUCCUCCCCAAAAGAUGUUGCUCAUAAAAAAAGUGGACAGUGGUUCUCCACCCGAGGCUAUGGUUGCCAAUAACUAACACUGCAUUCAACUUUGUAUUUAUAGUGAAGUGACGAGCACUGUUUUGGCCCUUGGGACUGAAGGUAAUGGAUUUUAUUUUUCUUUCCUAUUUUUUUUUCUCGCUCUUGAAAUGUUGUAGAUUAUAAUAUGAGGUGCAUAGCUAGUGAUUUGGUUUUUUUUUUUUUUUUCCACCUCGUCUCAACAUGCUCGCUUGUUCUGGUAUUAAACCACGAAAUGUCUUGUCAACUUCCUUCUCCCGCUAAAACGUGAACAUCAUUGUCUGCAGUUUCUCUCAAGGCAAUAAAGGGUGUUCCUUUUUGUAGUAUGGACUCAUAUUUUGUUCUGCUUUCAUAAGCCAAAUGUAAAUAGACUUUACAAGCA